GAUUUUUGUGGUCCAGUAGUUGCAUGUUACUAUGCGCUUGCAAAAUCUGUCCUAUCCUUCCUCUAUACCUUGCCAACAGGACCGACUCUUACGCAAACCCGAUCUGUCGGUUAUUCGUUAGCUAGUAUCAGAUCAACUACAAUUGGCCGAGUAAAGAGAGCUAGCUUCUUGCAUUCCAGUGCAAUUCUUAGCUUAACGUUAUAGGGAGUAACGUUAGAUAGUGAACGGCUUGACGCAUUGAUAUAUUAACAAUAGUCAGCAAGAUGCUCUAUACAUCAAAUAUGUCAAACAGAGAAUGCGGUAAAUGUUUCUCGCGAAGUAGGAAUAUGUAUUUCCUAUGCUCAGUUCACAGCUACUGUAUUCCCAUUUUUUUCUUAAAUCGCGCACUUAGUGACGAAUGUCAUAUUUAUGACGGGGAUCGCUGAACGACGACAAACACGUCGGGACCGCAUCAUUGAUGUAUGAUACUUUAACGCGUAAUGUUCAUGUUUUCAGAUAAGGACACCAUGGAGCUUUUGGAAGAGGACCUCACUUGUCCAAUAUGCUGCAGUCUUUUCGACGAUCCCCGGGUCCUGCCGUGCUCCCACAGCUUUUGUAAGAAGUGCUUGGAAGGGAUGCUUGAAGGUAACCGGAGCCCAGUUUGGAGACCGCCUUUCAAAUGCCCCACCUGCCGCAAAGAGACUCCUCAAAAUGGCAUUAACAGUUUGCAGAUAAACUAUUCUUUGCGUGGAAUAGUGGAAAAGUAUAACAGGAUUCGUGUUUUACCGAGGAUGUCCCUUUGUAAACAACACGACGGCCAGCCACUCAAUAUAUUUUGCGCCACGGACUUAAAACUUAUUUGUGGAUUUUGUGCAACAACUGGAAAUCAUAAGGGACAUACAUUCUGUGCAUUGGAUGAAGCAUAUCAACAGGAGAAAGCGGCAUUCGAACAACUGUCCGAGGGAAUGGAGAGCUGGCAGAAUCCCGAUAUACUUUCCUGCUUAGAGACUCUGCAAAUCAGUAAGAAAAGGGCGCUCCAGUUGGUCUCCAUAGACGCAGAAAAGGUAACAAAUUAUUUCGAGAAUUUAGUCGGCGCCCUUGAGCACAAGAAACGUGAAAUUCUCUCAGAUUUCGAGACCUUAAAAUUGGUGGUGAUGCAAGCCCAUGAUCCCGAGAUCAACAAACUGAGCGCAGCUCUGGACGAGCAGACCCGGGCGCUCAGCAUCGCCGAGUCAUUCAGGAAUGUGUCCGACCCUCUCCGUUUCCUCCAGCAGAUGCAAGAGUUUAGGGAGAAGCUGCGAGUCGUACGUGAAACACCUCUGCCCUCUCUGAAGGAAAUUGACGUGGGCCCUCACGUACGCAAUUUCGACGUCCGAAAUUGGGACAUGCUGAGACUCAAAGACGUUGAUAAAAUCUCCGUCCCGCACGAACAUGGAUCUCACCGCGCAACCAGCUCGCGACUCCGAGUCCCCAAGAUGUUCUUUAUAUUCAUGAGCAUCAUACUGCCAGCCGUUUUCCUCUUGCACCCAGAUACCUUAUCCGCGACCUCGGUCCAUUUAUCCGCACAGAGUGAAGCAUUUCUAUAUGGACUUUCCCCGCAUCUCAAAGAUGCAGAGCUGUAUUGGCAGAAGGGGCUCGGUGCAUGCACCUGUUUAUUGGGCGCAUGUCAACAUUACGCCCUGGAAUUCUUGGACACCGCUGUUGAUUAUAUGGGCAGCUGUAAACUGUUCUAACCAUAUUCCUUUUGAUAUUUUUGUAUGUUUCUAGUUGUCCUUGUAAGGUACCAGGACAGACGAAAUCUCUUUCUAUAGCCUACUUUAAGCUUAUAUAAUUAAGGGCGACCACACAUUAAGUUCUGUUAUAUGGUCAUAUAGUGUUGCCUAUUGCCUAUUAUAAUUUGUUACUUACCUGGGCUUCCAUCCUAACACAGGACUGCCAAACCAAGUAGGACCUACUAAUCUCAACCCUCCGUGUAUUUUUAAACGUGCUUUCUACCUGAUAUUGAUUCAGUUACUAAAUGAUUAUUUUUGUUUUACUUGUUGCCACACUACAACGUUUGACUGUUUGAACUUUGCCUAAUGUAUCCGCCUAAUAAAAUGCCCAAAAUAGGUA